CUCGUCCCUCAACGACGGGGCCGCUGCCUUCGUCCUUAUGUCCGCGGGACGUGCCAAGGCCAUGGGACAAACCCCCCUGGCGCGAAUCUUGGGCUUUGGGGACGCGGAACAGGAACCGGUGGAUUUCACCACGGCCCCCUCCCUGGCGGUGCCUGUCGCUUUGCAACGCGCCGGCCUCUCCCUUGCCGACGUGGACGUACACGAGAUCAACGAAGCCUUCGCGGUGGUGGCGCUGGCGAACGCGAAGCUGCUGGGCAUACCCGAGGACCGGUUGAAUGUGAAUGGGGGGGCCGUAGGAUUUGGCCACCCCAUAGGGAUGAGUGGGGCGAGGAUCGUGGGGAGUUUGCUGACCGUUUUGAAGCAGGAAGGGAAACGGAUCGGGUGCGCCUCUAUUUGCAACGGGGGAGGGGGGGCCUCGGCGGUGGUGCUGGAACGGCUGGGAUGAGGAGGUUGGUUCUUUCUCUCCCUCGAUCGCUUCGUCCCUUAUCGCUCUCUACCCUCCCGUCGAGAAUGCGGGGGAGGAGGAAAAUAGUUGGCGUUUU